AUGAAUCGAUCAUAUGUUCAAUUGAAAGAUUUACCUGAUGAACUUCUUAUUUUUAUUUUCAAACAAAUGAACAAUGUUGAAAUUCUCUAUUCUUUAUUCGGUGUCGAUGAACGAUUCGAUUCUAUUCUACAAGAUCCAAUUUUUACAAAUCAUUUGAAUUUCUUGAAAUGGUCUUCGAAGAAAUUUCUCAACAUAUUUUCUCCUGAUAUUAUAUUUGAUCGAUUUUGUUUACAAAUUUUACCAGCAGUUCGUGAGAAAAUUCAAUGGCUUCGUAUUGACUCAUCAUCUAUGAAUCAAAUUCUACAUGCUACGCAUUAUCCCAAUUUACAUGGAUUGGGUCUAUUCAAUAUCGAAGAAGAAACAAUUAAAAGUCUUUUCACUGAUGUAAAUCUUUCAUCUGGUCUUUUUAACAAUCAGAUUUCCAAGCUUCUAGUUACAAUUGGUAAUGGUCGGAAUCUGAAGGAUUAUUCAACAAUGGAAUACAUUAUCAAUCAUAUUUUCACUGUGUUCAAGAAGUUAACUCGUUUAACAUUUGCCGAAGCAUCGUAUCAAAAUGCCAUUGACGUUAGUAACGUUCAACUUGUAAGUUAA